GUGAAGGAUCGUUUAGCUAUUUUGUUCAUUGGUUGUGGUUGUGGCUGUAGGUGGUUGUCUCGGAGCGACGUGGGAGUGUAGUCGUGUUCGGCCUGUGUACGGCGCGAGGACCAACAGCCAACAUGGACGCCUAUCAGAACGGCGAGGGUGCAAAGGAGGCUGAGUUUCAGCGGAUCGCACAAAACAUAUCAACGAACAUCCAGAAAAUAUCACAGAAUGGUGAGACACCUCGCCGGAUGGUGCGCCAGCUGGGCACGCCGCAGGACUCUGCCGAGCUGCGCAGCCAGCUGCACCAGAUCCAGCACUACACCAAACAGCUGGCCAACGACACGAACCGCAGCCUCAAGGACCUGGACAUGCUGCCGGCGCCGCUGUCGCCGUCCACCCAGCGCCAGUGGAAGCUGCAGCGAGACCGGCUGACCAACGACUUUACCACUGCACUCACCAGCUUUCAGAAGGUGCAGCGGACGGCGGCGGAGCAGGAGCGCGAGGAGGUGAAGCGGGCGCGCGCCGAGAGCGGCAGCGGCUUCUUCGUGGAGUCGGAGGGCCGCCAGGACCCGCUGCUGCAGCUGGGACCGGGCCAGAGUCAGACGCAGGCCGUGUUCGAAGAGGAGGAGCGGCUGAGUGAGCUGCGGGAGCGCGAGACGGCCGUCCGCCAACUGGAGUCGGACAUUAUGGACGUGAACCAGAUCUUCAAGGACCUGGCCACCAUGGUACACGAACAGGGCGAGGUGAUCGAUUCAAUCGAGGCCAAUGUCGAGAGCUCGCACGCUAACGUCGGCCAGGGCGUGCAGCAGCUGGCAAAGGCGUCCGAGUACCAGAACAAAGCUCGUAGGAAGAAGCUUUGCCUGUUUGUAUUCUUGGUGAUCGUUCUCAUCAUUAUUAUCUGCGUGGUUGCCUACGAGUCGUCGUAAACCGGAGCAUGUCGCGCAAGCAGACGGUCACCCUGCUGGCCGUGUUCCUGUUCACGGCGCUGGUGAUCGCGCUGGUGCUGAAGGCGCGCAUGCGCCACUGAGCGGCCGGCGCGGCGCGGCCGCCGCCCGAUCGGCGCUGACGCCGGCACGGGGCCGGCCUGGUCUGGGCCGCCGGACUGCGCGCUCACCGGCUCCUGUGCGCCGGCCGGGCUGGUCUUGGUGUAACCGCCCACACGACGGAGGCACUGUGGCGUGCGCCGGUUGGCGUGUCAGCAUAACCACGCGCGGUUAUUUCACGGUAGCUUAGUCGCUUCCGAGCAUGGAAGCCAGCGGCGGGUGGUGUAUGUAAAGCAUGGGCUCAUCAUGCACUGGGUAGACAUCGCAGUGGACUGUAGCGCCAGCUUAGGCUCCUGCGUUAUCUGAUUACCGCCGUAGCGUGUGCAGACCUUUAUAACCACUCUGCCCCAAUCCAGUGACUGUUGGAUAAGCUAUUCGGAUCAUUCCCAGCGAAGAUAUGCGCCAGGAGGAAGCACAGUGGCGGGCUAGUGCAGCUUGCACGUGCUGAUUCGCGCCAUGUUGCAUCAGCUGUAAAAUGCGAGUGCAAGCUAUGGUAAACUUUGCUGUAAUCAGGCGAUAUGCAGGAAAUGUGAAUCUUACGAUAUCUGCCGGCUUCAUUUGCCAGGAGAACUUGCGUUCGCUGUGAUAAACACCGGAUAUUUGUGCGCCAGCCUCAGCAGCUGAGUGGGGGAACUGGCAAAACGAGCGCAGUUGGUGGGCCUGUGGAUCCUGAGGCAAAGGUCCGUCUUUUCCCCUAUCUGUGUUGGAUUCCCUGGCUUCGUUAUGGCAUUGACAUCGUAAGGGGCGAUUUGGGGAUUCUGUGGGCUGGUUUGGGGUCAGUAACCACCGAAUUGGUCACGGUUGUCAUUGCGCGAAGCUUGUGUGUAAUUUGGCAACAAAGACCGAUGCAAGAGAUUGAGAAGUUGUUGAGGGUCCACUGCAAGUUGUCUUUUAGUUAGUCAUGUACGUCCAUAUAGCUAUAUUUAUUCAACGCCGUGCUUUAAUUAUCUGCAUCGUAUGGUGUAAGCCUGUGCAUUCGUCAUGUGAAAAUAAUCGGACAGGGGUGUGGUGUUUCCCGUGCUGCCGUACAGCAGCGUCUGGACUGCUCGCCAGCCCUACGGUUUCUCUAAUAAACGAAAAUUUAAACGUG